AUGUCGGACGAGGAUGGCGUGCCGGAGGCGGAAGUUAUAACGGAGGCGGAAUGGGUCGACCUACAUCAAGUCGGCUAUGUGACGCAUGUAGAUGGUGGUGGCGGCGGUGGUGGUGGUGGUGGUGGUGGUGGUGGUGGUGGUGGUGGUGGUGGUGGUGGGAGUAGUUCUAGCGCCGGCGGAGCCGCGUCCUCCACCUCUACCUCCACUGCCAAGAGUGCGCUUGAAAGAACGUUCGGAGUGAGGUACUCGCCAGGGGAGGGGGAGGAGGAGGGAGGUGGAUGGUUCCCCAGGGUAUGUGAGGAGUGCACGAAGGCGGCUGCUGAGAGGGCGGAGUUGUCCAAGAUCGUGUUCGAGGGCAAACAAGUGAAAGUGGUCCGGCUCAAGGACGGCGAGGAAGCACCAACGGGGGACGGUUCGGCCGCCCAGUUCUCGUCGACGGGAAGGCUGAAAAGGAACACCCGGGGAAGGGGGGCGGCGCCGUUCGAGAUCACAUGCGGCUCGGACGAUACCGUCAGCCACUUCAAGCUCCAGGUGUUCGCAUCUAUCGAGGUGGCACCCGCGCGCCAGGUUCUCUACCUGAGAGGUACGGAGCUGACGGGGGGAAGCACGCUGCAGGCUGCCAACGUCAAGGCUGGGGACACGCUGCACCUCAAGGUCACGGAACCAUCCGGAGACGUGGACGAAGACGACGGCCAAAUUUUCUUGGAUGGGCUGACCAAGCCUCCGUCCGGACCAGAGACCGGUUUCCAGGGCACGGCCCUUAUGGGCGGCGGCGGCGGAGGCAGCAGCAGUAGCGGUACCAGGAGGCCGUCGCCUCCUGCGUUUUUGUCGGGCGUUGGCGGCGGGGGAGCUACCGUUGAUGUGGAGGCCGAGAUCGCGGCGGCGGAGGCUGCUAGUCUCGCGGUGGACGACUGGGAAGAGAGCGGGGAUCUUGAGGGGGCGUCGGAGGGGUUCAUGGCGUGCUCCAGGUGCACGCUGCGCAACAAGCUCACGGCCGAACGGUGUCGUACCUGCAACGAGCCUCUCUUCACUUGAAGGAACGGCGGUGCAAAACUUGCAACGGGCCUCAGUUCUCUGUUCACUUGAAAAAACAGAGGGGCUCAUCCAGUAUCUAGUCUAGAUGCAGAUUGUUGAUAUCCACCUACAUGUAGACGACGUACUCGUGGGUGGGUUUGAAGGCUGGGUGGGAUGGGAUGGGAUGAAUGCGUGUUGACCUGUCGAUCGAUCAUUGUCGUCUUGUUGUCUGUGUGAAUAUCAAAUGGUAUACCACGUUUCACUACAUUCUCGACGGUUGAGUGUAGACGAUUUGCUCGUUCCGUUCGAGCGUGCAGUGUAGGUAGGGUCGAUCCGAGCGUUGGUUGGUUUCCAAAAUGUGUCUGCGUUUGAACAUUUUGGUUGCUUUUUGCAGAUGAGAUGCGUGAAGCGAUUUAUCUCUGCUUCAGAGCGAGCGGCUUGUUAGUCAGCGCAGCGUUGAAUGAUUGGUUCUUCUCCAAGAGGCAGUUGGCUGUGCCGUGGUCGUGAUUCGACUGCUCGAGUUGGGCGGUAGCGGUAGCGGUAGAGUUGUGACGCCUAACUACCAUCAAGGGAGAUCGAAAGUCCACGUGAUUUAUCUGGGGUGUACUGGCAUGUGAGCGUUCAAUCCUACAGCAUCGUAUAGUAUCGCGGUACCACAUUAGUACGUAGAACGUCGCCGUAGCCAGCUGGUGUGGUGAGGCUUUCUUCGCUCGAAGCCACCAGGACGAAGACCUUCCAUGUUGCGUUCGCGCGUGUCCUGUUCCACUGAGAUGGUUUCGAAAGGUCACGAUGGGUGCGUCGUGUCUGUUUUCGAGUGCCUUCAGUGAACCCGUAGGCCGCUGCUGCUUGGUCGAUGCGUAUCCGUGUAGUCAGUCGCAUUCGGCCUGAAGGAAAACGUAGCAAUGUGCAAUGUUCAAUUGUUGCCUCCCUGUGAACAUAUCGACUCCGGCAUAACGGUGGAUGUGGUGUGCCUCUGCCCAUUUAUCCCAUUUCUCUCCUGUUGUCAUUUUGUUCAUCUGUGUGUGUUGGUGGGGAUUCAAGCCAAGAGUCUUGGGCUCUGUAAUUUAGCAAUUUGUUUUUUGUCAAUCGCGCACAUGUGAGUAAACUACGUUACCCGAUGAACGAGUGUUUUUUUGUUUUGUUUUUACUGCUGUUGAGUCAGCGGGGAAAUAGACCCCCCCCAUUUUGUGCUCGAGAAAGUUGUUUCGUUUGGUGGUUGUGUAUCCUGUUCACAUCAGGCGGGGUUGCGUGGAAGGCGUUUUUCCGUGUUGGCCGCGCUGGACUGGAGCCUCGCUGUAUUUCGCCGGUGUGAUGCCGCCCGCCUGCACUUUGGGACUGCACGUUAAGGUUGCUUGAUAGAACAAUUUCAAGUGCGUUUUUGUAAUAGUAUUAUAGUGGCACAAUGUACAAUAGAGGUGCCUGACUGACUGGUGUUGGAGCCUUCUCCACGGAGACUUGUCUGUUUUUCUGUGUUAAGAGAGAGCGAGCGAGCGAG